GCCCAGCGGCGGCCCGAGUCUCGCGGUAAAAGCUGGUUGUCUCGCGGGACGCGCCUGGCCCACGGGCUCUCGGGCGGCCCUGGCCGGGGAAGAGGAGUUGCAUGUGUCGCUUCAGCUGGCGGUAGCGGCGGGAGCGGAGGCGGCGGGGCCUGUGCGACCGCCCGGGAUUGUGAAAUGGCUUCUGACGUUUCCGAAUGCAGCGGUGCUGACUGCAAGGGGGACCCUCGGAACAGUGCCAAGUUAGAUGCGGGCUACCCACUCCGCGUGCUCUACUGUGGAGUGUGUUCAUUACCAACAGAGUACUGUGAAUAUAUGCCGGAUGUUGCUAAAUGCAGACAGUGGUUAGAGAAGAAUUUUCCAAAUGAAUUUGCAAAACUUACCGUAGAAAAUUCACCCAAACAAGAGGCAGGAAUCACUGAGGGUCAAGGAACAGCAGGGGAAGAAGAGGAGAAGAAAAAACAAAAGAGAGGUGGAAGAGGUCAAAUAAAACAGAAGAAAAAGACAGUACCACAAAAGGUUACAAUAGCCAAAAUUCCCAGAGCAAAGAAGAAAUAUGUGACAAGAGUAUGUGGUCUUGCAACUUUUGAAAUUGACCUUAAGGAAGCACAAAGAUUUUUUGCGCAGAAAUUCUCCUGUGGUGCCUCAGUAACAGGGGAGGACGAGAUCAUCAUUCAGGGAGACUUCACAGAUGACAUCAUUGACGUCAUUCAGGAAAAGUGGCCGGAGGUGGAUGAUGACAGUAUCGAAGAUCUUGGAGAAGUGAAGAAGUGAUUCUGAAACUUGUCUGUAUUUAAUGAUCUGAACUGAGAAUUGAUCUGGCCAAAGGGAGAGAGGCCUUUUAAUUUUAAAAUCUAUAUAUUUAUCCUGCAGUGAGACUGUUGGCGACCUUCGUUCUCGGCAUCUUCACUGUUCUGUACAAGGCUGCUUGUUUUUUUAUUGCCAAAGUCUAAUGAACAAGGGAGACCGUCAUGCUCAUGCAUGGAAUAGAAUUAGUCACAAUAAAACAUUUUGGUCAUUUGGUACUGA